AAUUGCGCUCGAUUCGAUUUCGACUAAACCCUGAGCGAAGAAGACAGGGGCAAGAUUCUUGUUUGUUCUGGGUUCAGUGCUGACUGUCAAAAGUUACGAAUUGUGUUCGACAGCGAGAUGGCACAUUAAAGAUUCAAAUUGAUGUCCAGCAGCUCUCGCAAUUUCUUUUGAAUCACAGUGGCCCGGGGUCUGACUCCUUCACGUGGUAUUCAGUCUGCUUAGUUGGAGAGGGUGUCGAUGAUCAAUGCUCUGUGAAGAACUGUUUUUGCAGAUUGGAGGAAUGCUGUGAAGAAAAUUCAUGGCAAACUUUUGGAAACCCGGGAACGACAGGCCUGACGCGCGGCCAUCGGUUGCGUUUCGUGGAGAUGAAGAGUUUCCUGUGGGACUGUUUGAGGAGUCAGGCCAAUUUAGCUUCGAAAAGCGGAGGCAAAGACAUCCAAUUUUCAAACAUCGUCAUGAAUUACUGUAUCUUGUGAAAAAACAUGGUGUUACUGUUGUCGUUGGAGAGACUGGGUGUGGUAAAACAACCCAACUGCCACAGUAUCUAAUGGAGGCUGGAUGGGCUGAAGGAGGGAGGCUCAUUGCUUGCACCCAACCCCGGCGUAUUGCUGCUCAGACAGUCGCUUUAAGAGUAUCGGAAGAAAUGCGAGUUUCUCUUGGUGCCGAGGUUGGUUACUCGAUCCGUUUUGAAGAAGUAACUACACCGGGUGUAACAAAGAUCAAAUUUUUGACUGAUGGUGUGCUCAUCCGAGAAAUGAUGGCGGAUCCUUUACUCUCGAGAUACAGUGUCAUCAUGGUCGAUGAGGCGCAUGAAAGAAGUGUCACAACGGAUGUUUUGCUUGGUCUUUUGAAGAAGAUUCAGAAAAGACGUCCAGAAUUGAGAGUUAUAAUCGCUUCUGCAACUAUGGAUGCAGCAAGUGUAGCCACCUUCUUCGAUACUAGUGCUGAAAGAAUCAAGGUUUCUUCAGUAACGGAGUCAUUACCAGAUCGAAAGCCUGCAAGCAUCACAGUUGAGGGAAGGUCUCAUAGUGUCCGUGUACACUACUCUAUGGAUCCAGUUUCAAGCUAUGUGUUGGCUUCAGUGUCGACGACUCUCUCGAUACAUAAAAUGGAGCCGGCCGGUGACAUUCUUAUUUUCCUCACUGGCCAGGAUGAUGUUGAUGCUGUAGUGAAUUUACUCAAUACAGAGGCGGAGAACUUUCCGAGAAAUUCACCAGGAUUGCUCGUUUUGCCUCUGUUUGCAGGACUGUCACGUGCUGAUCAAGAGCUUGUAUUCAGACCAGCUGCUCAAGGGAGAAGAAAAGUAAUCGUGUCAACAAACAUAGCUGAAACUUCUGUUACAAUUCCGGGUAUAGUGUACGUGAUUGAUUCUGGGUUUGCAAAGCAGCGCUUCUACAAUCCGUUGACCGAUGUAGAUGCCCUGGUUACUGCACCUAUCUCCAGAGCUUCUGCUGAGCAGAGAGCUGGGCGAGCUGGGAGAAUGAGACCUGGAAAAUGCUUCAGGCUAUACACAGAAGAUACAUACUGCAAUGAUAUGAAGCCAGAGACUGUUCCUGAAAUACAGAGAUCCAAUUUGGUCUCUACGGUGCUCCAGUUGAAGGCGUUAGGUAUUGACAACAUCAUGCGGUUUGACUGGCUGGCGCCACCGUCCUCGGAGGCCAUGAUAAGGGCAUUGGAGCUUCUGUAUGCAAUUGGUGUACUUGAUACUGAUGCCAAGCUGACCACCCUGGGUCACCAGGUCGCAGAGUUUCCGCUUGAUCCCAUGAUGGCGAAAAUGGUCCUGUCCUCUAGUUCGAACUCUUGUUCGUCAGAGGCUGUCACAAUUGCUGCGAUGCUCUCUGUACAGUCCAUUUGGGUAUCGAGCAAGGGCCGACAACGGGAGCUUGACGACGCGCGUGACCAAUUCGCAGUCGUAGAGGGCGACCAUGUGACGUAUCUCAAUGUGUACGAAUCAUUUCUUCGAGCCAAACAAUCUCCUCAGUGGUGUCACGAAAACCUCAUUAACUAUCAAGCCAUGAAAACAGUUGUGGAUGUGAGGAAGCAGCUGAGUAAACUGCUACAGCAAUUAGGUAUCACUUUGAAGUCAAGUGAUGGGGAUAUUAAGUGUAUAUUGAAGACAGUGACUGCAGGGUUUUUUGCGCAUGCAGCAGAGCUUGAGCCAUCAGGUGACUCAUACAAGCUUGUCAGAGGAGGCCAACAAAUGUACAUUCAUCCUUCAUCUGUGCUAUUCAGGACAACUCCGAAGUGGGUGGUUUUCCACUCUGUCAUGGUCACGGAGCGGUUCUACAUGCGGGACGUUGCAAUCUCUGACCCGGAGUGGCUCACGGAAGUCGCCCCACAUUAUUUCGAGCGUCGCAGAAGAAGCCAACUUCCAAGCUGAAGUUCCUCGGACUUCCGGUGUGUAGAUAAAGAGACGCAUCAGUGGCAUGCAGCAUUGCCUUCGAGUUUAUUAUGGACAACCUCUGAUCGACCUACCUGUGGGUAGGUCGAACAGAGGAAGGUGGCACAAGUUCUACAGGGUUCCGAAUAGUUUAGUUUCAGGACAUUCUGUGUAAGAUACAGACCCCAGAGGUUCCCUGUAAAGUCUUGUAAUCAUUUUUGGAAUAGACCCAACACCUCCGCUUGGAGGUUCCCGGCAAUGAAAAAGAUGAUCAGCGCAUUUGUAGAAUUUCUCCUUGGCCGUACUUACUCACAGCUACCGCUUCCUCAUACGAGGUCUGUUACUACUACUAGUGACAAAUUACAGAGAAUCCAAC